UUCACAUGAAGCCUGCCAUUCAUUCACACCACGCUUUACAGGACACAUGACUGGCCCUAGUAAAACUCUCCAAGCGUGGCUUUGUGGGAGGCGGAAUCAACAUCCCAAACACAUGCGCAAAUGACGGGGUUUCCUGCCAGGUGAAGCAGGAAUGAGAAGAUGUAGAGAAAGUUUGGCGAGUUUGGGUCACCGCUGAGUGCUGGUGUAGGGGAGUGGACGAAAGAGGACCGCGCAGAGAGAGGGGCAGAGGAGAAGUCUGGACCGAGCAGCGCUGAGACAGAGUGCGGAAGGACACUGAGGCAAAAUGGGACCAGCUGUGCGCUCGCUGGCUCUGCUCGCGCUCGGAACCCUGUGCGCACUGGGAGGUUGUUUACCACAAGGGACGUCCGAAGGAGCGCCAACCCAGGCACCGGGGUUGAAAGUGAAAAGGGCCAGAGGAGACAACCCAGACAUCCUCCCAGAACCUGAGCCAACCAACCCCACUUCAGACUUUGAAAAUUCAUACAACUACGUCUUGUCCAGACUUGCUGGUUUGGACCAGUCAAUCCACAAGCUCAAUGUAGGACAAUACACACUGGACGUCAAAGUCAGCCAGCUGAUUGACCGCCUCAACAGGAUGGAUGCUAAAGUAGUCGAGCUGGAAGACAAUAUUAGAGAAGUACAUCAACACAGCAAAGACAACCGCAAAGAACUUGGGAGACUUGAAGGUUGUCAGAAGGGCCGUCGUGUGGGCUACAAGUGCUACCUGGUCUACAACAGUAAGGAGGACUAUGCUGGAGCCUCCAGGAAGUGCCUUGAACGGGGCGGGCGGAUGGCCAUGCCCCGAGAUCGGAGGGAGCAGGAGGCUCUAGCCGACUAUGUCAAGUCAUUCUUCCACCCCGGAAACUGGCCCGUGUGGUUGGGCAUCAACGACCUGCGCUCAGAGGGGACGUACGUGUUUGAUGAUGGGACCGCAGUGUCUUAUUUCCAGUGGCGCAGGCACUUCCUGUCCAGCCAGCCUGACGGAGGCAAGAGAGAGAACUGUGUGGCCAUAUCCUCGGACGAUGGAGACUGGUGGGACCACUACUGUGACCGCACCAUGAACUACCUGUGUGAGUUUGAUGACAGGGUUGGACUCUGAAAUGGCAUCUUCAUAGAUUUCUGGAGGAUUAUAUAAGAGUCUGUAAAGUUAUCUAUCCUCACACAUCCAAUCUGUUAAAGACAAACAGAAGAAUAUAGUGCUAAAUAAGAUAAUUGUUUUUUUUUUUUUUUUUUUUUUUUAUAGAUAUCGCUGUAUACGUACAUAAAAUCAACACUGUUAUGUAAUGUUUUAGAUGGAUUCUGACCUAUCUGACAUUUGUAGCUUUACAGUAACAAAACAUUAGAUCAAAAAAAGUUUUACCAGUUUUAAAUGUUCGUUAACAGUAAACACUGCUGACCACACUGAAAAAGACCCAUUGAUCAAUAUAAUUUAUUUUUAUAAACAAAAAUACUUAUAAUUGAAAUGUUUCUUAUAUGUAUGAUAUUUAAAAUGUUUAUUACAGUUUAUA